AGUCUGCAAACCGAGGUGUGUGCAUAUGGUAAAUGUAUCAUCAAGGAAUAUAUCUGUAAACCCAGCUCUUCCUCUACAGGUUUAAUGGUAUUGGAUAUUUUUCUUCACUGUGGAUGGCAUUAGUAUAUCAAAAAGCAUUGCUGGUGCUAUUGGGAUUCCACAUCGAGUAUGCUACAUUAUAUGAGAUCACUGUUUUCUGUUUUGUUGUUCUAUGCUUGGGAUCUCCAUUUUGGACCAACUCACUACUGCCUUUAUGAAGAAAUGAGUCAUGCUUCUUUUGUAGGAUCUGUGAAAUCGUAUGUUCUUCCUGUACAGGAAUUGUGAUUCUGGAGUGAUUUGUUUUUGACACUACAGUGCACCUGGAUUGUAAGCUUUUAUGUAAGUACAUUUGCAAUUAUGAUUUUAUUAAACCGGAGACACCCUUUGGGGGUUUAUUUUCGUUUCCUGCUGCUCUCCUGGCUUUGGAAUAUUGUUUUGGGGCAAAUUAUUUACUCUGUUUUUGAAGAAUUAGAUCAAGGGACAUAUGUUGGAAAUAUAGCCAAAGAUCUGAAUCUCAGUGUCCAAGAACUAGCAGCUCGGAGGUUUCAGAUUGUCUCGGGAUCUCAGAAGCCUUAUUUUCAGGUAAAUUUUGAUACUGGAGUUCUGUUUGUUAAUGAGAAAAUUGACAGAGAGGAGCUGUGUCCAAAUACUCUCACGUGCUCACUAAAUCUAGAAGCCAUUGUGAACAAUCCAUUAAAAUUAUACCGUGUUAAGAUAAAUGUAUUGGAUAUCAAUGACAAUUCACCCGUGUUCCCUGUCAAAUCGCUGCAGUUAGACAUUGCUGAGUCAACAUUGGCAGGGGCUCGAUUUCCACUAGAGAGUGCUUACGACCCAGACGUUGGUAUAAACUCUUUAAAUACAUAUGAACUCAGUGCAAGUGAUUAUUUUCGUCUUGAACUACAAAGUAAAACCCCAGCAUUAAUACUACAGAAAUGUUUAGAUCGGGAGAAGCAAUCUGUAAUUAAUCUGGUUCUUAAGGCUGUUGAUGGCGGAAAUCCACCGAAAUCUGGAACGUCCUUGAUUAUUGUUAACGUUCUGGAUGCCAAUGACAACGCUCCAGUUUUUAGUAGUUCAGUGUACAAGGUCAGUGUAUUUGAAAAUGAGCUUCAAGGUACCUCAAUAAUCAAACUUAAUGCAACAGACUUGGACGUGGGCUUAAAUGGCGAAAUUGUUUAUAGUUUUACAAACCGUGGACCAAAAAAUAUUUUAAAUACAUUUGCCAUAGAUUCCAUCACAGGUGAACUAACUAUUAAAGGAGGCCUCGAUUUUGAAGAAACGAAUGUUUAUGAAAUCCCCGUACAAGCCAAGGACAAAGGCGCAUUGUCAAUGGCUGGCCACUGUACAGUACUGGUUCAAGUGAUUGAUCUCAAUGACAACGCUCCUGAAAUAACAUUAACAUCUCUGUUGAGCCCCGUUCAGGAGGAUGCUAAAACAGGAACGGCAAUCGCCCUUAUUACUGUUUCAGAUAAGGAUGGAGACAAAAAUGGGAAGAUAAAUUGUUACAUCACUGAAACUGUCCCUUUUAAACUGCAUACUUCUUUUCAGAAUUAUUAUUCUUUAAUCCUGGAGGAGCCACUUGAUCGAGAAACAAUAUCGGAGUACAAUAUCACAAUUACAGCGACAGAUGAAGGGUCUCCACCGCUCUCCAGCACCAAAGCUAUCCAUAUAACAGUUUCUGACGUGAAUGACAAUGCGCCAUUUUUCCGGGGGUCUAACUUGACGGCAUACUUAAAUGAAAACAACGCACCUGGAUCUCCUAUACUUACUGUAAAUGCAUUUGACCCUGAUUUAAACGAAAAUGCUAAGAUAACCUACUCUUUAUUAGAUUCGAUGAUCCACGGUGAUCGCGUUUCUACAUAUAUUUCUGUUGACUCUUCAAGUGGUGAAAUAUAUGCUAUGCAAUCUUUUAAUUACGAAAAACUGAAAGUAUUUCAGUGUCAUGUUCAAGCUAAAGAUUCUGGGGUCCCGCCGCUCAGCAGCAACGUCACACUGAACGUAUUUAUACUUGAUGUAAAUGACAACAGUCCUUUAAUCCUUCCACCAUAUUCUAAUCCCGACUCAACUAACGUAGACAGGAUUCCAUAUGGUGCAGGCGCGGGAUACUUUGUGGCCAAAAUAAGGGCGGUUGAUGCAGAUUCUGGUUACAAUGCAUGGCUUUCUUUUCAAAUAAUUGAACCCAAAGGAUCAGAUCUUUUUCGUAUUAGUCCCAACACUGGAGAAAUUAGGACACAGCGAAUCGUGGAGGAGACUGAUUCCAAGCAACAAAUUGUGGUCAUUUUAGUUCAGGACCAUGGAGAACCACCGUUAUCAGCCACUGUGACGCUGACCAUAUUGGUUAUCGACAGCACUCAAGAAGAACAUUCAAAAUUGAGGGAAAUACCCAAAAAGGAGGAUAAUUUCACCAAUUUAAAUCUGUAUUUAGUUAUCUCCAUUGCCUCUAUAUCAAUUAUAUUUGUAUUGGCUCUUCUUGUUUUCUUUGUCAUUAAAUGCCACCGGACUGAUGACAAUCAUUUCAAUAGGUAUAGCACGCCUAUGAUUACAUCAAACCCUGAUGGAAGCUGGGCCUACUCUAAAACCCAGCACUACGACUUGUGUUUAACUUCAGAGACGUCUAAGGGUGACUUUUUGGUUUUUAACGUGCCCUUUCCACAUCCAAACGGAGAACUCAUUACUAAUGGAACCGAUUCUUGUAAACGGGCCCAGUGGACAAGAAACCACGUUGUAUCUCAAAACACAGAGCCCAGGCAACCAAAUACAGACUGGCGCUAUUCUGCAUCUUUGAGAGCAGGAAUGCAAAGCUCUGUGCUUAUGGAAGAAUCAGCAGUUUUGCAAGGUGCACCUGUGGUACAUGUACAGAACUGGCCUACAGUCUCCAGUGCAACACCUGAGCCUGAUGCUGGAGAGGUGUCCCCUCCCGUUGGAGCCGGAAUAAACAGCAACAGCUGGACCUUUAAGUAUGGACCUGGAAACCAGCAGCAGCUGCUGCAGCAGCAGCAGCAGCUGAAACCAGGAGAGGUCCCGGAAAACUUCAUCAUCCCCGGCUCCCCUGCCAUCAUCUCUAUCCGACAGGACCAGGCUGGGGCUGUGGACGGCAAGGGCGACUUCAUCACCUUUGGAAAGAAGGAGGAGACCAAAAAGAAAAAGAAGAAGAAGAAGGGGAAAGCUGAUAAGAAAGAGAAAGGGGGUGGAAACAACGACAAUAGCGACCAUUAAAAGAGGGGUCUUUUAAAACAGAGUUACCAAUUCUAACAAAGAGAGCUCCCUGCUUUUCACUGAAAUUAUAUUCAACCACACCCCCAGCCACCUUUCACAACCCCCAGAACCAACUGUUAUAACCCUUGUCAACCUAUGUAAUCUACUAACAUCUGGGGGAAAAGCCAUAUACAUUUUCUGAGAAAAAAGUAAGAUAUGUUCUGAAGCUUUGUAAAUAUGUGCUUCUUCCGAAGUCUUAUAAUGCCUACCAGUGGUUUCCACUGAGCUGUACAUGAGUGGAUUUUACUGUGGUCAGCAGAUAUGUCUUUACGCUGGAUGAGCAGAACUGUAGUUCCAAAAUCAAAUGUUAAAAUAUCACAACGAUGCAUAGAAUUAUACAUUGGCACACUAUUGCAGUUUUCAUGAAAUUCAGAAAAGAACAUCGCUGUGAAAUACUGGUUUAAGUUCAUUUGCACUCCCAGCUAAAUACUGGCUGCAGAUUCUAUUUUAUUUGUUCUUAGUAACCUUGAGGAGUGGAGUUAACAUAGCAUUGCACAACCCGUUUUACCAGUGAACAUGGAGUUUAAGGGAGGCUCUCCUUAGAAAGAAGUUGGCAUCUCUGUCUUAAUGGUUCAAUGUUUCAUUAUGGGAUCUAAUCAGAUUGGCAAAAAAAGUUAAACGAGCAGGCUUCACGUGCACUUGCAUUUCAAUAAGAAAUGUGCAAUGCUUAUACAUUUUGCAACCUGAGAUUAUGCAGGUCUUUCAGCUUGAUGGUGGCCUAAGAAGGUAAAAACAGCAGUAUUCAGGAUGGACAGAAAUGUAUCUGCAUGAUUUACACAGAAAAUAUGUCCUGUUGCUGUAAUAUUUGCAGAGGCCAAAUGCUUGGAAUACUUUUUUUUUUUUUUUUUAAUGUGGCCAAAUGCAGUAUAAAGCUACGGACACUGAAUACAGCCAAGCCUGGAAACACAGCUUUUACCUAUUUUUUUUCCAGCACACUAUAAUCCUGAUAAAUUGUAUUUCUAACCCAGUUUGAAUGUCUGUCUGUCUAAUGUAACCACUUUUAUGUUUCUAAAUUCCCUUCACCAAUGUUUGGGGAAGUAUGGAAAAAAAAUAUAUAUAUACUAAAGAGAUUUGUACCCAAAUGAAAGAAAACAUGAAUUUCCUUAUCAUGGUUGAAAAAAUGAUUCAAUGCAUCAUUUUGUAUGGGUCACGUUAUAUACAAGAAUGUUGCUAGCUGUUUUCUAGACAAGCUUGAUACCCAUGCUUUGCUCAGAAUGUUUCUACAUCAUAUAGGGCUUUGCUUUAGAAAUCCAGUCUCCUGAGUUAACAACUCUUUGCCUUCUGGCUGUGUACAUGUGGAGGCUUAAAUUAGGCUUUCUUAACUGCCCAACAUUUUUCUUCAAAGAUCCCAACAUUUGUUUUUGGGAAUAUGAUUUUGGCAAUUAUAAAAACAAAUUAUUGCAUUGCUUAAUUUUAUCCAAGCUUUAACAUGACUGUACCAUUAGGCCCUAUUUCUGUCUUUGACAUUUUAAGGAUUGAGUUUAUUUUCCACUGUCCAAACUCCAAACCUUCCAUGCUAAGUACAUGAAUGUCAUAUUAAAGAUUUUACUCAAAGACCCAUAACUAAGUUAUAGGUUAAUGGAUCUGCUGAAAAUAUAUAUUCAGCUCAAAAUCCAUACAAACAUGAGCUUUUUUCCUCUUCCCAUGGUGAGAUUUUGGCUGUUAACUGUAAGGUAGAAAAAAACAAACAAAAAAGAAAAACAGAAUUUAGUCUAGAGUUUGGUUAUGUAAUAGAUGUUAUCAUUAAAUUUGAAAUGAUAUUUAUGAAACGGCUGGAAAGUAAGGGGACCCAGAACGUUUUUAUUUUAUAUUAUGUUCCAUUUCAACCCACCACUACAGUAUGACCAUACCUGGUGGGGGAGUAUUAUUGCUACUAGCAGAUUGCUUUUCAGAGUCCACAUACACCUGCCAAUCACCGCUCAGUACUAUCAGAUCACUAAGUGGCUGUUGCAUGUAUUAACAAGAACAGAUACACUUCAAUAUUGUUUCUUUUACCUUCAAUUAUCACAGUUGAGAUGAAAGCAUUUUUUUUCUGCUGAACUACUUAAACAGUUAUACACCGAAUAAGAUUCACAAACUUUUGUGUUUCUCAGACUGACUCUCUUAACCUUAUAGCUCUAUGUAAAUCUGUAGUGUAUGCUCUAAAAUGCAAAAUCUUUUUUUGUGCUAGGCUUAUAAACGCUGACCUUACUAACACUGUUAUGUGACAUUGAAUAAUGUAUGCUCCUAUGAAAAGAUAACCCCCUGAAAUAUAUGUAUUCUAUGCUAGUGUAUGUGAAUGCCCAUGCGCCCAUCCUUUGUUGGUGUAUUUAACCAUAGAUGGCACUAAACUGUUGACUGUGACAGUGCAAUGCUACUAUAUAAUCUUAUUUUGUACACUUACUCAUCAGUGUAACAGUGAUUUAGUGAUUUUUUUUUGUAUUGAAACUGGUAAUGUGUUUUGUUUAUAAAUCACAAAUAAAUGUUCUUUCUUAAAUAUCGACACAAAGUUGUAUGUUGCCUUGCACUUGAUUAAGAGUUCCCCAUUUAGCUGAGCAUUUCAGUUGGAUACAUUGAUCAACCCUGACAGGAUGUGUUUAGGUGAAUGAAUGAAAAUAAAUAAGCAGUGUUGCUUAAUCUAAUCAAUUUCAUUGUUUGGUGCUUGACUAAGCAAUACAAAUUGGAGGUUUGCAGGUUGGUAACAAUUCUUUUUUUUCAUGUUUUUAAUGCAAGAAUGCAGCCUGCCUGUAGACUGCUGCAUUUCAUUCACAAGAUUUUGGGGUACAGGUGCUUUGUCACAAAACAAUAACUGUACAAAACCACAAAAGUCCUCAUACCAUGAUUUUUAUACAGAUAUCAAUGUUGAUUUAUUCAAGAACGACUUUACAUGCUACAUUUCUGAAAAUGAAAAAAAAGGAUUUCCACAUGAUUCAUACAAAAUGUUGCAUGUUUGUUCUGUCAAUCCUCUUGUGACAGCACUGCAGUAUACCCAAUAGAACUACAGCAACCAAAGUAUAAACUUACAGUAUUAACCCGCACAAUAGCUAACCUAAAAACAGCCACAUCCCAUUGUCACUAUAACAUACUAUAAUAUUCUGGUGUUCAAUAAAGGGCAGCAGUGUGGAGUAGUGGUUAAGGAUCUGUACUCCUGACCGGAGGGUCGUGGGUUUAAUCCCAGGUGGGUGACACUGCUGCUGUACCCUUGAGCAAGCUACUUUACCUAGAUUUCUCCAGUAAAAAAAAAACUGUAUAAAUUGGUAAUUGUGUGUAAAAAUAAUGUAAUUGUAUGUAAAAACAAUGUGAUAUCUUGUAACAAUUGUAAGUCGCCCUGGAUAAGGGUGUCUGCUAAUAAAUAAAUAAUAAUAUAGUGGAAAUAUAUAUAAUCGCACAAAAGUGCAAUGUUGCAUUAAAGAUUUACAAGGCUUGGUCAAAA